GACUUACCCGAUUGUUAAGGCUAUACUUGGAUCGGUCUCUCGAAUCCAUCGCAUCUCUAUUCCCUCUCCCUUCCCUCGGAAUUCACCCUAGCGGCGAUGGCGUCCGCGGCGGCGGGCGCACCGAAGCGCUGCUACUACGAGGUCCUCGGCCUAUCUCGCGACUGCUCCCCGACGGACAUCAAGCUUGCUUUCCGCCGCCUCGCGCUCUCGCUCCACCCCGACAAGCAGCCCCCCGGCUCCGACCUCGCCCUCGCCACCGCCGCCUUCCAGGAGCUCCAGCAUGCCCACUCUGUCCUCUCUGACCCGCAGGAGCGCGCCUACUACGACUCCCACCGCUCCCAGAUCAUCUUCUCUCACCCAGCCUCCGCCGGCGCCAAAUCCGCUUCCACCGUCCCCGAUCUCUUCGCCUUCUUCUCCUCGUCCGCUUUCUCCGGCUUCUCCGACACGGGCCGCGGCUUCUACAAGGUCUACGGGGACGUCUUCGACAGGGUCUUCGCGCAGGAGCUUGCCUAUGCUCGCCGGAUGGGGGUUCCCGAGCCCGCUGCGCCGCCGGUCAUUGGGAACCUUGAUUCCCCCUAUGCGCAGGUCACUGCUUUCUACAGUUAUUGGCUUGGGUUUGGCUCGGGCAUGGAUUUCGGAUGGGCGGCUGCGUGGGACGCUGCGCGUGGGGAAAGUCGCCGUGUUCGGAGGCUCAUGGAGGAGGACAACAAGAAGGCGAUGCGUAAGGCACGGCGGGAGUACAAUGACGCUGUCAGGGGCCUUGCUGCCUUCUGCAAGAAGAGGGAUAAGAGGGUUGUGGACAUGGUUUUAAAGAAGAAGCUGGAGGAGGAGAAGAGAAAGGCAGAGGAGAAGGAGAGGAGGAAGGAGGAGGACAAGAGGAAGAAGGAGCGAGCCAUGGCAUAUCAAGAACAUGAGUGGGCGAGGGCAGAGGAGGGACUGUAUGAUGAAGACGAAGAAGAGGAGAUGAGGGCCAAGAAGGAGCUGUUGUACUGCGCGGCGUGCAAUAAAAAGUUCAAAUCGGACAAACAGUGGAAGAACCACGAGCAGUCGAAGAAGCAUAGGAAUAAGAUUGCUGAACUGAGGAAGGCCUUUAGGGAGGAGGAGUCUUUGAAAAAGGCAGAGGAGGGGGAAGGUGAUUGGAAUGAAGUUGAUAUGGGGUUCGAUUUUAAGCCUACACAGGAGUCAGAUGAUGCGAGUGCAUUUUCAGAUGCUGCAGAAGAGUUAGCUGAAGAAUUUGAAAGUAAUUAUGCUGGCAAUGGGCAUCAUGGUAAAUAUGAGGUUCAGCCUGAGGGUUCGGUCCAUGUUAAUGAUGUUGAUGAUAUCAUGGAAGGGCCAUCCUCUUCUAAUGUCAACAAUGGUGCAGUAAUAAUGGUAUUGCAGCUACCAUCCCCCCUCCCAGUACUAUGUUGCUCUCGCAGGAACAAGUUGUUUUCUCACUUGGAAGAAACAGGUCACGCAAUGCUGAAGUCACUCGUUGGUUCUGCAUGGUUCUCUUAAGUUUUGGCACAAUUUUGUAUCUGUAGUGAACAUUUUUUUUCUAGAUCCUUUAUGUGUAGUGUGGAGAUGAUUUUUUGUUUAUAAGGCCAUGUGGUGCCGGUGGUGUGUGUGUGUGGGUGUAUACUGGGCAGGAAAGACACUGAUAAUUACAAUAUAUAACAUUAUUUCAU